CAAUAAUAUUUGAAAUGUUUUGCACUACAAAUUCAAUAACAGUUGUUGCUCAUGACUUUAACAUUAACAAAUUCGAAUUUUAUUGAUCACUGUUAGGUGCACUGUUAAGUAACAGCUGUCUGUCGUCCGAUUCUGUAAACUGGCCAUGGGGCAACAACAAAGCAACAAAAACAAGUUACGUGAAAUAUAAAUGGAAUAAUAGACAAAUAAGUAAAUGGCAUGGCCAGCCGUGUGAUGAUUACAGAAGCACAGAAUUUGUUCUAGUCGGACACACAGCGUCAAUUAAAGCUGUCAUUUAAUUGAAACUCAGAGCAGGCUAUGCAAUUGGCAUUGGGAAAUUGGCAUGUGACGUUUCUCGUACCAAAACUUGCUGUCAAAACCCGCCGGGGUGCUAAUUAUAAGUUAUAGUUCCAGUUUUGAUUUCUCAGUUUCGGCAUAUUAUGAAAAAUAUAAAUGAACGUAUUUACAUACGCAAUAAAUGCUCGGCAAUUCAGCAAACUAGUGAAGACUAAAUAUAACGUGUACACUCACACACUCACAAACACAUUCAUACACACAUGAAAAGUGCAAUAAAUCAAUGCCCAGCAGUGUGAAGGCGGAAGUGAGCAAAACAGAAACAACAACAAAGACCAGAAGACUGAGCAGCCGUAACGGGAUAUUGGCGCAAGCAACAAAAGAAUUUUACAUUACAUUACGCGUUGGUUUAUUACAUUUAACAACCCAAAAUGGAUGAAGUUUUUUCACUGCACAUGGAAAAGCUCGAUGUCUAUGACGUCCUUCUCCUGGCUGGCAUUCUCUCGGUGAUAAUAUUAAUUUGUAUUUAGUUUUAUGUC